AUGAGCAACCGCCGUAAGAAAACAGAUCGUGUCGAUCGUGAAUCGCUCCUUCUGACGGUCAACGAUGAAGAGAAGCACGAAAAAAGUGACCUGCGAGGGGACUGGGGCAACAUUGCCAUACUAUUCUUUCUCUAUCUGCUGCAAGGCAUUCCGAUUGGAUUGGCCUCGGCCAUACCGAUGUUGCUGCAGAAUCGCGGUGCAAGCUACAAACAGCAGGCUGAAUUCAGUUUCGCUCACUGGCCGUUUAGCUUAAAGUUGCUAUGGGCUCCCAUAGUGGAUUCACUGUUCUGGAAACGCUUCGGAAGACGAAAAUCAUGGCUCAUCCCAACCCAGUAUCUGAUAGGGAUAUUUAUGCUUAUUCUAUCACUGCACGUGAACCGUUGGUUGGGCGCUGAAAACAGCAGUAUCAACGAUGACCAUUCCAACGCGGAGAGCAGCACAUUCAACAUUCCGCUAUUGACGUGCAUAUUUUUCAUGUUAAACUUUCUGGCCGCAACGCAAGACAUCGCUGUAGAUGGAUGGGCCUUGACGAUGCUGAAACGAUGCAACGUUGGACACGCAUCGACCUGCAAUAGUGUUGGCCAAACGGCAGGAUAUUUCCUCGGUUAUGUGGCCUUUAUGGCAUUGGAAUCGGCCGAAUUUUGCAACAGCUAUCUGCGCUCCGAACCCGCCCCGGAGGGUUUGGUCAAUCUGUCCGGAUAUCUAUGGUUCUGGGGGAUAGUGUUUCUUGUUACAACCACAUUGGUGGCGCUAUGCAAACGUGAACUCGCACCCAGCAUCGAUAGAGGCCACGAGGAACAUCUGGAGCUGGACAUAAAGCAAACCUAUCAUCUGCUGCUCGAUAUAAUCAAGAUGAAACCGAUUCUGACACUGGUGGCCAUACUGUUAACGGCUAAGGCAGGGUUUGCCGCUUGUGAUGCGGUUACCUCACUGAAGCUGAUUGAUGCCGGUGUCCCGAAGGAUAAGCUAGCAUUGCUAGUUGUUCCACUUGUGCCACUGCAGAUAGUUUUACCGUUAGCGAUCAGUAAAUAUACUGCUGGGACGCGUCCCAUGGAGGUUUAUCUGAAAGCUAUCCCAUACCGGAUAGCACUAACACUAGCAGCGGCCGGUAUUGUAUGGAUAACACCGGCCAUCAUACGGGAUCACCACGUACCGUACUACUACUACAUACUGCUGUUAACGAACUACGGUCUGUAUCAGAUUGCACUUUAUAGCAUGUUUGUGGCGGUGAUGGCCUUUUUCGCACGGAUAAGCGAUCCCGCCGUCGGAGGCACGUAUAUGACGCUGCUAAAUACACUUAGCAACCUCGGUGGCAAUUGGCCGACGACCGUGGUUCUGUGGUUAGUCGAUUAUCUUACGUGGAAACGAUGCUCGAACGCGACCGAGAAUGAUUGUUCUGAAGCAGCAUUGAAGGAGACUUGCAGUGCAGGUGGUGGUAAAUGUACGAUCAUGAUCGAUGGGUAUUACAUAGAGAUAUUUAUUUGCCUCCUUUACGGGCUCCUCUGGUACCGGUGGGGUAGUGGUAAAAUACGUCAGCUACAAGAACUUCCGCUUAAAGCGUGGCGCGUAGCGCGAAGAGUUCAACGUGCGCAUAGCAGCUAG